AAAAGCAAUCAGUACCUACUACCAUACAAGCUUUUAUUUGUAUUUGUACUACUUUGUUAGUAAUUUUCUCUCUUUAUAUCACCAUCUUCUCUCUGUGCUAACUAGCUACAGAAUCACUAGGAACCACAAAUUCUUUGUUUCUGAUAUCCAAAAGAUGAAAAGAAUGGACAUUUUCUGUGCUUCUCAAGCCUCAACAGCAAUAUGUCUUAGCAUGGAACAAGCUUCAUGCUCAUCUUCCAAUACUAUUCAACUUGGAGGCAGAGUCAUUGAUCGCCACAACCCUAUUAUCAAUGAUUCAAGAAGAAGCACUUCAAAAACUAUAACUGCUCCAUGUUCUUCUUCUCAGCUACCUAUUGAUCCCAAGAAAAAAACCUUGUCUUCUUCUUCUUCUUCCAAGCCAAGUAAUGGACACAACAUGGAAAAUGGAACUAAAGUUUAUGAGGAAAAGAAGAAAAGUACAGCAGAAGAAAAGGUUACCGAGCAUGUCAACAAGAGUUACUAUUCUAAGCCAAUUGAUUUCAUUCUGAAAAGGAGAUCCAUUAAGUUACCUGCUGAUUCAAUCACUCCACAUGGUUCAACUAGAUCUUUACUUAGUGACACAGCUUUUUUAGAUGCUUCCACAGAUAAUGAUCCUGUUUUGGCAUUAACUAAGGUUGAUAAUAAAAAGGCUGAAAUUGUUGGUCAAGAUGAAUCUAAUCCUGCAUCUAAACUCUCUAAUUCUUCUUCUCCAAAAUCGGGUUCGCCAGACCAGCUGCAGGUUGUAGUACUUUGGGUUUCUUUGCAUUGCAGAGCAUGUGAAGGGAAGGUGAGGAAACACCUCACUAGAAUGCAAGGAGUUAGCUCAUUCAACAUAGAUUUUGCUGCAAAGAAGGUGACAGUAGUGGGAGAUGUGACUCCAUUUAGUGUCUUGGAAAGCAUAUCAAAGGUGAAGAAUGCACAAUUUUGGCCAAAAGUUGGAUCUGACAUCAAACAAACAAAAUUCAUCUAAUUUAGAGGAAAGUAAAAUAUUUAUUUACAUUGAUGUAUGUUUUUAGGGUGCCCCUAAUAUGGACCUUUAAUGCUUAAUUUAAUUAUUGUAAAAUGUCUUUGAAAGAAGUAAGAAUGUCUUAGAUAAUAAAAUGAAGAAAUUUGCAUA